GAGCGCAUCACGCAUAUCCAGAGACACAAGAAUCCGCUGUUGGUGCAUCAAUCGUUGAGGAUGGUAAUUUAUUCAAAGCUAUAUUUUUUUCAAACUCAACAAACUAUUCAGCUAAACCUCUUUCUAAUUACCAACGUGUCACAUAAAACACUCCAAAACGCAAAUGGUGAUGAUGAUGUUGUAUUUGAGGAGGACGAGGAAGAGGACGAGGAUUAUCUAUUUGCGGGACAAGAAGAAGAAGACGAAGUCGACGUGGAAAUCAACCUUGACGAUGAAGAUAACGGUGUGCCAGAUGUGUUGAAUCCUUAUGACGUGGUCUAUGCCAAUGUUCCAUCUGAAACACAUAAGUUAGAGGCGGUGGAGAAUUGCAAGCACUGCAAUGCUAAGAAGUUUGCGCACAAAACUCCAGGGUUUUGUUGUCGUAGUGGGCAGAUACAUUUAUCCACCCCCGACACACCGCCUGAGCUUAUGAGGCUGUGGACAGCUUCAGAUGCUGAUGCAAGGCACUUCCGUUCUAACAUCAGAUUCUUCAACGGUCAUUUCUCAUUUACUUCGCUAUAUUGUCACCUUGAUCGCAUGACCACGAACAUGCGUAAUGGAGGUGUGUAUACGUUCCGUGCCUAUGGUCAAAUUUACCACAAUUUACGUUCAUUUGGUAAAGAGGAGGGUGCUGAACCAAGACAUCUUGAGUUGUAUUUCCAUGAUGAUGAUCCUUCGCUCGAGCUUCGUUAUCGAAGAUGUCGAGAGGAAUGCUUAAGGAAAGACAAGGAAGUCAUCGAUAGGUUGGUUGCGAUCAUGCGGGGCAGCCCAUACUCUGAGCAUUUUAGGACUUUGGGUGCAGUUGAUGAUCUGGAGGAUUAUCAUGUGGAAUUAAAUCUUGACCAAAGGUUGGACCAGCGAACCUACAAUGUACCUAUCACAUCAGAGGUUGCUGCAGUUUGGAUAGAGGGUAGCAAGCGUCAUGGGCAGUUCGAGCAUAGCGUUGUGAGCUUGGGUGGCACAAUUGCAUCUCAAAGGUGGGAGUCACAGCGGAUCAAGUAA